GCGUCGCGCUGCUUGCCCUUUCUUAAUGAAGGAGUUCUAAACUACAGUUCGUCGACAAGUGACACAUUUGGUUAAGGGUAUAGCAGCCGGCGCUUUCGGGCGGCACACACGUUCCGUUAGCUUCUCUAUUUUAAAAACUACUUGCCCAGCUAUAUCCGGGAAGGGACGAACAUCGACUCGUCAACACCACACGGCACAUCACUGCUAGUUGCCACUUUUCGAUGCAGUCGACCUGCGUACGCGUUGCUGGUCGCUACGCGCUCGCGCGCGCUCAUGUUUUUUAAAUAAAUUUUGGCCAGAGUUAAAUAAAAUUUAUCAAUAACCACAAAAUUCUACGAACUGUUGGUAAAAGUGAAUUUCUAUUAUUUCGGAGGAUGGAUGAUACUCACAGGCGAUAGUGCAAGUUAAGAUAUCCUUGUUAACAUGAGCGGGAGGGAGGGCGGAAAUGCAGUUCCGUCUUCGAGUGCGGGCGGCAUCGCUGGCGUAACGGGCGUGCCGCGGCGUGGUCGAUGCAAGUGGUUCAACGUCGCAAAAGGAUGGGGUUUCAUCACCCCUGAUGAUGGAGGCCAGGACGUUUUUGUUCACCAGAGUGUGAUUCAAAUGACGGGCUUCAGAUCGCUGGGUGAUGAAGAGGUGGUUGAAUUCGAGUGCAAGGAGUCUGACAAGGGUUUGGAAGCUACGCGCGUUUGUGGACCAUCCUCGGUCGACUGUCAGGGCUCUCACAGACGUCCGCUGAGUAAGAAGCGGUUUAGGAAGAUACGCUGUUACAACUGUGGUGAGUUUGCAAACCACAUAGCUGCUAAGUGCAGUAUAGGGCCACAACCAAAGAGAUGCCACAAUUGCAAGAGCGAAGACCACCUCAUUGCUGACUGUCCUAUAAAGGUCGACAAGAAAAAGGACGACUCACAAUCGAAGAACUCAGGCAGUUCCCAGGGGAGUCUGCAAGAGAGCCCGCAGCCGUAACCAUAUAAUACCUUCAUAUUCGUCAUUUAUCACAAGCUACUUAUAAAAAUACAUGUAUCCAACGAAAAUUCGUCCGCAACAGGACAGACGAAACGAUUUUAAGGUCAUAAUAUUUUUUAACAUAGAUUUUAAGUAACGUCUCUACCUCAUAUUAAACAAAUGAAUGUUUUAAUCGCAAGACUGAUGAGUAUAAAACCGUACAGUACAAAAACUUUACUCUUAGAUAUUAUGGUUUAAGUUUGGAAGUGUAACGUAGUACAAAUUUUAUGUGUUCGAGUGUUCGACACCAUAAUUAUUGCAUAAUAAUGUAUACCCAAAGUUGUGUGUUUUUUAUAUUAUUAUAAAUUUUGUUGCUAUAUUCUAUUAUGACCAACGUAAAAUUAUAUUUAGUUUUAAUUAUUCUAAGUUUAGAUAUAAAUCACAGAUUGCCCUUGUUCUAACGGCGUAAAUUCAUAAUAUCGGAAAUAAUGUUUUCGGUAACUAGCGUUAUACAACUCGUUUUUAUUGCGCAAUAUCACUUUUGAUAAGUAAACAAACUGCUUAAAAUAUAAUGUUUUGGUUGUACGAAAUUAAGGAGAGUAGAGUCAAGGUGAAUGAAGUGUGCCAAAGUGAAAUAAAUUCUAUUGCAAUAAUUAUAUUAUAUUAGAUUUUAAUGAUUCAUUAACGCGUCAAUUAAAUGACCUUUUUUUUUUGUUGAGCAGUUUCAGCAGGAAUUAAUAACCUGUCCGACACUUUGGUUUUACUUUAAUACUAUGUCAAUGAAAUAUAAGAAAUGUGAAACUGAGAAUGAUAUUUCUCUAAUACAUACUCGCAUAUUGUCGGGUGCAAUGAAGUUUUGUUAUAAAAAAUGCCAAUAUAAUGUUAGAAGCCCAUCGAUUUUUUUAGUAUAGCUAAACUAAGUUACUAAAUGAGGUUUAAAAAUAGAACUACUUUUAUGAACAGGUGGAUAUUUACAAAAAAUGGAAGAUGAAUAAUUUUUAAGUAUUCUUGCGUAUUUUUUUAAAUCAAUAAAACAGUAUGUUACUUAAACAAUUGCAACUAUUACCUCUGAUUAAUUAAUUAUUAUCGAAUAUACCUCAUAUCUUGAUUAGAUUUAUUGUAGGUUAAGUUAUAUAUUUUAUAACACACAUACUAUAUAGAAUUGGUCGUCUCUGAAGAAUCCCGGUAUCUAUAUAGGGUCUGAUCGUUGUAAUGUAAUGGCGAGCAUAUUCUUGAACAGAAAAAAUAUUCUUUAAUUACCAAUUCAACUUAAUAUAAAUUUAUAAGCUAGUUAUAAAUAUACUUAAUUUCUUUGGGAAAUUUUAAUAAACUUAUUUAUCUUGUUGUUUAAAAUGUAUAUGUUAUGAUUAUAAUACAGGGUGUGUUAUAAUCAUACCAUAUAUACUUUUUAACAUAUAGAAUAUACAUAUAUCAACAUUUACAAUGUACCUUAAUUCAAUACGAUAAAUUUGUUAGAAAAAAACAAUCUGGACAUAAAAAUUAAUGUUUGCUUAAUUUUGUAGUGAAUUUCUUGAUAGGCUAAGAAAGGUUCAAACUGCGAGCAAUAUAGUAUAAACAUAGCACUGAAAUUAGGUAUUACAAAUACGGGUUUCAUGAAAUUUAAUAUUAUAUGUGUAAUUUAGCUAUUUAUAAGAUUUUAAAGACUAUUUGAAAUCAUCUACCUCAUAAUUUUAAUAGAUAUUAAGAAUUGAUUUGUAAGCUAAGAUUAUAAACGAUUAUUGGACGGUAUACAACGUCUGGUAACCUCGUCAUUUUUUAAACGGAAUGAUUGAGUAAAGGUUUUAUAAUUCUUAUGUAGAGUUUAAAUUUUGUUUUUAUUUUUCAAAGAAAAAUAAAGUAUAAAACGUAUAA